AUGCGUGAAAUUGUCCAUAUUCAGAUUGGCCAGUGUGGCAACCAGAUCGGAGCCAAGUUCUGGGAGAUGAUUGGUGAGGAACAUGGGAUCGACUUGGCUGGGAGCGACUGCGGGGCCUCGGCCUUGCAGCUGGAGAGAAUCAGCGUGUACUACAACGAAGCCUAUGGUAGGAAAUAUGUGCCCCGAGCAGUCUUGGUGGACCUAGAACCUGGGACGAUGGACAGCAUUCGAUCUAGCAAAUUAGGAGCCCUCUUUCAACCCGACAGUUUUGUCCAUGGUAACUCUGGGGCUGGCAAUAACUGGGCCAAAGGCCACUACACGGAGGGAGCUGAGCUGAUCGAGAACGUCCUAGAGGUGGUGAGGCACGAGAGUGAGAGCUGCGACUGCCUGCAGGGCUUCCAGAUCGUCCACUCCCUGGGCGGGGGCACAGGCUCCGGGAUGGGCACUCUGCUCAUGAACAAGAUUAGAGAGGAGUACCCGGACCGGAUCAUGAAUUCCUUCAGUGUCAUGCCUUCUCCCAAGGUGUCGGACACGGUGGUGGAGCCCUACAAUGCGGUUCUGUCCAUCCACCAGCUGAUUGAGAAUGCAGAUGCCUGUUUCUGCAUUGACAAUGAGGCCCUCUAUGACAUCUGCUUCCGUACCCUGAAGCUGACGACACCCACCUACGGGGAUCUCAACCACCUAGUGUCCUUGACCAUGAGUGGCAUAACCACCUCCCUCCGGUUCCCGGGUCAGCUCAACGCAGACCUGCGCAAGCUGGCGGUGAACAUGGUCCCCUUCCCCCGCCUGCACUUCUUUAUGCCCGGCUUUGCCCCACUCACGGCCCAGGGCAGCCAGCAGUACCGAGCCCUCUCCGUGGCCGAGCUCACCCAGCAGAUGUUUGAUGCCCGCAAUACCAUGGCUGCCUGUGACCCCCGCCGUGGCCGCUACCUCACAGUGGCCUGCAUUUUCCGGGGCAAGAUGUCCACCAAGGAAGUGGACCAGCAACUGCUCUCCGUGCAGACCAGGAACAGCAGCUGCUUUGUGGAGUGGAUUCCCAAUAAUGUCAAGGUGGCUGUCUGCGACAUCCCGCCCCGGGGGCUGAGCAUCGCCGCCACCUUCAUUGGCAACAACACGGCCAUCCAAGAGAUCUUUAAUAGGGUCUCUGAGCAUUUCUCAGCCAUGUUCAAAAGGAAAGCUUUUGUGCACUGGUACACCAGCGAAGGGAUGGACAUAAACGAAUUUGGGGAAGCUGAAAGUAACAUCCAUGAUUUGGUAUCCGAGUACCAACAAUUUCAAGAUGCCAAAGCAGUUCUAGAGGAAGAUGAAGAGGGCAUGGAGGAGGCAGAAAUGGAGCCAGAAGAUAAGGGACAUUCACCGUGAGAGAAGCUGCGCCGUGGAGUCGCUUACAGAACAGUUUCUCAUUAGAUUAGUGUUUCUCCUGCAGCACUCCAAAACCCAUUCUGCACUGCAGCACCGUGAAUGAUAUGCACUCAUCAUUAGCUUCCACACAGGGACUGCGGGAGACAGGUGGGGACAGCUGACGGGCAUUAGGGUCUUUGCUGACAUUUACUAACCUUGAAGAGUUUGAUAUUCAAUGCAUACUUAUUAACUUAAAAAAAUAGCACAUUUAUUGUAAAGUGCUCUCUUUGUUUCAAAGUGUUCGCCAGGCAUCCAGACUACACGUUGUGGAUUUGCAGGGAGCCACUGGAGUUGGUGUUACAUUUUUAUACUUUAGCAGCACUGAUAGGCACCCUGGAAUCCUCACUUGCUAUCCGAGGGCUACUAAGACUCUUUCCUUAGGUUCUUUCCUCUGAGCAAACACUGCCUGGCAUCCUGCCUUCCAGUGCCUGCCAGCCUUCAGAAGAGCCAGGUGCCUGACUAGUACAUGGGGAGCUACAGAGCCAAGGUCAAUGUGAGUCAACAUCCACUAGAAAUAUCCAUGUUGUGUAGACCUGUGCACACAACAUGCUAACUGGAAAAGAGGAAAAAAGAAAAGCCACAGUCCUCUCCACAAAAAUACCUGGUCCAAACAAGAAAAACAAAAAGACAAGCAAAACUAAAGAACUGCAGUCCUCUGAUCUUUAUUUCUGAAGAGCUAGCCUUUAACAUAUAUGUUUAUAUAGUUUAAAUUUCUUACUACUGUUAGAUUCCAGGAAUUCAUUAAUAAUCAUCCUUGGCUUUCCUUUUAAAGGCUAUUUUGAAAUGCUUUUUUCACUUUCAUUCAGUCAUCACCCCCCAAAAUGCUCCGCAGCCUCUCUGCUCUUUGAGAAAGGGCACACCAUCCGCUCGGCAACCAUUCAAAUGCAGGAAUUAAGCAGCAAUGGCUGCAGUGUCCUUCUCAGUUACGGAGGACAUCGUCUCGUUAGGGAACUUUUACAGUUCAAAUUAAUUUGCAGAAGUUGCCAUAAAUGUCUGCAUAAUGACACAGACUUAACCACUACAUGAUUUUAAUCUGCUCACAUUAUAACAGGACCAAAUACACAAGAGCGUAAUCAAAUCAUCUGUAACUUCUUAAUUACAGUUUACCUAUUUCUGACAUGCAGCACUGCCAUCUCUUCCAGCACCAUCAGGGUUUAAAUGGCCCUCUAGAAUUACCACUGAGAUACACUAUUUGAUCCAUGGAUAACCGGUAGUGGGAAAAUGCUCCGACCCUCAAUGCAGUAAAUAUUUACUUGCAGGCAACUGGGUUCUCAUCUCUUGAUUUGCUUUUGUAAUCAGCAAUAACAAAAUAGCAGAUAGAUGGAUGACAGUUGCUCAUUCUGAGAAACUUCACUCUCUUCACUUAUGCAUCAUGAGGAAAUAACUAAAAUACAUACCAAGAGAAAAAUACCUUGCCAUCGGAUCAUCAACAAGUCUUCUAUUUACAAACUUCAAAAAACAGAAAACAACAAUCAUGUUUUAAAUGCUUUCUACUUGUGGUUCAAGAAGCACUAGAUUUAGUAAGAAACUCUACCUAUAUACUUAGUUUGAAGUUAGUAACUUCCUGAGAUGCUAAAGACUUACAGCCUGCGAUUAUACAAGGAUUUACACAUGCUUCCUCUGAUGCUUUACUUCUCAAACCUAAAAAAGCAAUGAAAUAGAUGUAAGGAAGGAGGGAUUUAAACCUUUUAAAAAACUUUUGCUGACUUAUAUUACUGUAAAGAUUUGUUUGCUCAAUAGCCAUCAUUAAACUACAAAGUAAUUCAAUUUUAAAUGGCAAAAUUGCUUUAUUUCAGACUAAAUAAAUUCGUUUUCUUGAAGCCUAACCAUCCAGACUGAGUAGUUAAAAAUAUUUAGAAAUGCAUCUCACCAUCCUACUCUUUUGUAUGGUAGAAAUAGAUUUAAAAACACAAAACAAACUAGAAACCUAAGAAAUCUGUCCCUUUUGAUUUUGAAGAGCUUAUCCUUUAGCAGUACAGUUGCUACAGCGACCUUGGUCUCUCAGAGACCAACAGCAGAAUCACCGAAUUUUAGAGCUUAUCCGAUUCCUUCACUUUGCUCACAAGAACUAUGUGAACUAAGAGAUUGACAACUUCAAACAUCAUCCAACUAGUUAGUGGGAUACUCAUUAAGUUGGUCUGAUUGGGGUCACCUCACCAUUGGGCACAGUCAUCCUGCCAGCUACCCAGCACUGCUGGAGGCAGGAAGUUUAUUAUACUACUGGUUUAGGAUUUUUUUUAAUCACAGAGAAAAGAGCCUCUAAGAAUCUCUGCUGACAGUAAACUUGUCUUUUACUCAGUUACUUCACUCCUUUCCAUAUCAUAAGCCCUGUCCCUAAGUCUCACCUCUACCCCAUUUGCCUCCUUAAUAAUAUACCGUCUAUAUACCAAUAAUCUACCAAUAUACUACCAAUCUACUAUACCAUCUAUAUACCAAUAAUCUACCAAUAUACUACCAAUAUACUAUACCAUCUAUAUACCAAUAAUACCCCAUCUGCCUCCUUAAUAUACCAUCUAUAUACCAAUAAUCUACCAAUAUACUACCAAUCUACUAUACCAUCUAUAUACCAAUAAUCUACCAAUAUACUACCAAUCUACUAUACCAUCUAUAUACCAAUGAUACCCCAUCUGCCUCCUUAAUAAACGACUUAUCUCUAAUUACUUGACUGGAAAUCAUUUAGCCCCUUUGCCUAUUAGUUACUUUAUUUGUCCCAUGUCAAAAAGGCCCGACAGCCUUUUGAUUCAUUUAUUCCUGUUCCCUGUAAUGGAGGAUACUUCCUAGUACCUUAAUCUUGGGGACCACAGCACUGAACUGAGGUGUCCUAACUUGCAAACAGCAGGAUGACAGCUCCAAGGCGAAAGACUCCAAGGGCUCCUAACCUGCUGUUGUCCAGAGGCACCCUCUUCCACUCAAUCGGCUGUGCCUCCCUGCUCACUCUGUGCUGAGAAUUCAGUAAAACCUACAGGUCAAGUGUCGGGACAAUAAGUCAUUCCCAGAAGCCGAGAACAAAGACGUUCUUUUCGGCUUAUCCUCGGCAUUGCUGACAGUGGCCCUGAUAAAUUAUUGUGAGCUUAAGUACCAUGUGAGAACUGGUCCUAGAAUGGUGUUUCAAAAUUUCCAGUUCAAAUUUAUUUCUCCAGUCUCCAAAAACAGUUAAAAUCAGGCAGUUAAGUUUGCAAUGGUGUUUUACUUGCCCAAGCCCUUUCAAGUUUCAAAGAAAGAUAAAAACAUAACUUGCAACAAUUUUUCAUCCCUAAAUAAUGAAUGAAUGAAUCACUAUGGAAAUACCACGAAACUGCUGUUGUGGUCACCGUGUCCCAGACUUGCAGUCAAAACUCCUAGGUUUUAAUUUCAGUUUGGCCAUCAACUCAAUGAGCAAGUUAUUAAAUAGCUUUGCCUCAUUUCCUAUGAGAAAUGCUACCAGAGUAUGAAGAU